CUAAACAUUAGCAGCAGUCCGUCUCCUCCGGUUCCUCCUGACUCUGCUGCUUUCUGCUGAGCUACAUCGGCCGAGCUACACCGUGACUACAGGCCAGAUGAUGCACUGAGGGCGGUUUACAAUAAAGACCAGCCGCUAUGCAGAGCUGGUGCUCGGUGCUCGGCGUGUAGUUUGUGUUGGUAGGAGAGAGAGAGUCCAGAUAUUAUCAGGAAGCUGAAGAACAGAGAAGUGAGAGAGCAGACAGACAGACAGGCAGACAGACAGACAGACAGGAGGCCACGGUUCCCCCUCAAACACACACACACAUCACCACGGCCUUGAUGGUGAUGUAUGCAAGGAAACCAACAAGAGUCAGCGAUGGGUGCAACGACAGAAGGGAUUCACAAUCCUAUCAGACCCAUAAAUCUCAGCCAAAGAGCCAGUCCAGCAGCCUUCACCGCUAUGACAAGGUGCGCGAUGGCUCAUCAGACCCCACACCCCCUUACAAGAUGCUGCGGCGCUCAGACGAAAGUCCUGUCAGCAGACACGGAGACGGCACAGGGCAUGGCAAGGCAAAAACCUCUCAUGCAGUUAGAGGAAAAAAUGGGACCAGUGGCUCUCCUCAGGAGAACUCUCACAACAACAGCUCCCACCAUGUAUCCGACUCGCAUGCGACUCAGAGCAAGCCUGCAGACAGGGAGCCAGCAGAUGACUGGACAGAACACAUCAGCUCCUCGGGGAAGAAGUACUACUACAACUGUAGAACUGAGGUCUCCCAAUGGGAGAAGCCCAAGGACCUGUUGGAGAGGGAACAACGACAGAAGGACUCAGUCAAGAUGGCGGCGAACAGUUUCCCCAGGGACAUGGACUACAGACAAGAGGCCUUGCAGGACAAAGCCUCAACAAAGGCCACAUCAGGGGACCAGUCCACAGCAUCCAACUCCGGCCAUUCCUCCUCUUCCUCUUCUUCUCAGAGCCUGAACUCUGCUCCCGGCGCUUUAGGUUCCACCCCCUCCACCAUGUCCUCUUCCUCUUCCUCCUCUUCGGGGCAGGUGCCUCAGUCUGUCCAGUCCCCGUCACCAGCACUGCUGCAGGACCCGGCCCUCCUGCACCAGCUCCUCCCAGCGCUGCAGGCUACUCUGCAGAUGAACAACGGGAGCAUGGACAUGGCGAAACUCAACGAGGUCUUGGCAGCUGCUGUCACCCAAGCUUCCUUGCGGUCUGUGCUUCAUAAGCUCCUCACUGCUGGACCCGCUUUCAACGUCACUGCUCUGCUCUCAGCUGCUCAGCACUCCAAUCAAGCCCAGCACUCCAGUCAGUCUCCCGUCUCCCUGACGUCGGAUGCAUCAUCACCGCGGCCGUACGUCUCACCACGGAACGGCACGCCGCAGGGUAACCAGAAGUCCCUUCUGGGCGUGUACCCUGGCAGCAUCACAUCCUCGCAAACAAGGGGGAGCAUGUCUUCAGGUAAACAAGGGUCGGUCCCCUUGCCUCAGAGUGCAGAGAAGCGUCCAGAGGACCCCAGAACUCUCCAGCAGAGAAGCCAGGAGAUUCUGUGCACGGGAUCAAACAUAUCUGGUUCUGCGUUGCCCCACGUCCCCUCCGGCAGCACCAGUCAGACCCAGGCCGACAACCCCAGCUCCUUCACCCCCACCCUGGCAGCUCAUUUUGAUGAGAACCUCAUCAGACAUAUCCAAGGAUGGCCUUCAGAGAACACUGAGAAACAGGCGGCUCGGUUGCAUGAGGACAUCCACAACAUGGGCAGCUUGUACAUGUCCGAGAUCUGCACAGAGAUGAAAAACCUCCGCUCCCUGGUCAGAGUGUGUGAAAUUCAGGCCACACUGAGGGAACAGAGAAUCCUGUUUCUGAGGCAGCAGAGCAAAGAGCUGGACAAGCUGAAGAACCAGAACUCCUACAUGGUGUGAGGACCCGAGCAGAGAAGGAAGGACUGGGACGGAUGGAUAGAAAUAAUUAUUUGAAAAAGAAGAAUAGACAUGGACAGCAAGCUGCUACAGCCUGUUUAUUCUCCCCAACCAGAGCAACUGAGAAAAGCUGUCAGAAGGCAAACAAGACGGCGGCUGACGAGGUGACGCUCCAUCAUCCCGAACAUGUCUUUUUUUUUUUCUCCUUUCUUUAAAAAAAAAAAAAUCUUUUUCCUGUGUCCACCACAUCGUUGAAAAAGGUGAAACUGCCGCUUCACCGAGUCGGACACUUUAACCAGUGGACACAGAGGACCUGAGGCUCUUUUUCCAUACAGCACCUUUUCGGACUGUGAACCUUGGAUUGUGUGUAUCGUAUUGGGUUAACUUGUUUUCUGGUGUGUUUUUGAUGUGUAGUGGUCAGGAAAAGAUUACAAUUCAUUCUUGGGGGAAAAAUGAACGAAAAACAUCUCAUAAUAAUUGGUGUGACGCCGCUUUGGUUCGCUCCCUGAUCUUCUGAAAUGGACUUAGUCAUGCAUUGAAAUGUAUGGAUUCAAUGGCAGUGAUGUUACUAAUGUUAUUUUUAAUUCACUAUACUUGUCCGUGGUUUUGCCAUUCCGGCGCGUCUUGGAGCUGGUUGGUUUUACAUGUCAUGAGAUUAGCGAGGACCUUUGGCCACACCUUUCUUACAAUACUUAAAUGUGCUUCAGUUAUUUUGUCCCCAUUGAUGGUUCCGGUGGUGCAGGUUCACUGGGACCUUCUAGCUAGUUAUAUAACACACUCCAGAUGUUUCAAAGCCAUUUUGAAAAAGCCCACAUUAUUGGACCUAGGUCGGCUGCUAGUACAUACGAGGGUCGCAUUAAUUUGCGGCCCUGCUGGCUGUUCUCGUAUCCCUUCUGCUACUUGUCUUUAUUUUGUAUUAUUGGUAUCAUUUUGUUUCUCUCCCGAGUCCGCUCGGGAAAAAUAUUUCAUUCCUUUUGUGCAGCUUAGCAAGAGAUUGUGUAAAAGAAUAGAAAAGCGACUGAAUCUGCAGUCAUGUAAAGCUAAAUUAUUGUUGCACAUGAUUGAUUACGUCCCUGUAGUCAUAAUAAUGGGAAAAAAAAGAUCGAUAGAAAGACGUUUUAUUUUUUCAAAACUCAUGCUUUGUUAAAUCUGUUUCUGGUUCAGUCUGUCAUGGCUGCAGCCCUUUUAUCAACUGACUGGAGCCAGACUCGGCUACUUUUUUUUUUUUUUUAAAGGGUUCAUUCAUGAUAAGAGGGUAUACUUUUUAUAUGAACAUCACAUUAAAUUACAGUCGUAACACUUUCACACCCUUAAAGCAACUUUCUUUUGUCUCUCGCCGAUUCUUUUCCUUGUCCUUAAAUAGUUUCCACCAGAUCUGAUGUGAACACUUUUUGGGGGGGCGGUGGGGUUGGGGGCUUUGUAUUCCAUAAAAUAUGAGAAUAAAAUAUUAUACCACA